AUGGAAUUUUACAUGAAGAAAGCUGCAGAAGAAGAACGGAGGAGGCAACCCAAGCAGUCAAAAGAUGAAAUGCCACCACCUGCUUCUCUUCAAGCUCCUAUCAAGAAGGGCCAUCACAUGGGCGACUACAUUCCACCAGAAAAGCUGGAGAAGUUUCUGGCUUCGUGCAAUGAUGCUGCCUCACAGAGAGCUGCUAGAGAGGCUGCAGAGAAGGAUAAAAUCCAGGCUGACAAUAUUGGACACAAGCUUUUAUCUAAGAUGGGCUGGAAAGAAGGCGAGGGGCUUGGCAGCGAUAAAACUGGUCGUGCAGAUCCUGUGAUGGCUGGAAAUGUCAAAUCGAACAAUUUAGGUGUUGGUGCACAUGAACCUGGCGAGGUCACACCAGAUGAUGACAUCUAUGAGCAGUACAAGAAGCGGAUGAUGCUUGGUUACCGUCAUAGACCAAACCCGCUGGGCAAUCCCCGGAAAGCAUAUUACUAA